CGAAAGAACCCCGUCUGCUUCAGAGAUGAACAACGGCGCCUUAACGCACACUGUAACCCAGAAGAAGGUUGAACGUAUGCAUAGCAAAACUCGCCGCGACCAUGGACAUCAUCACUCUCAUUCAUCGAGGCACCCUCGAGACGACCAACAGAAAACAGUGGGGGAAUAUGCCCUACAUGUUUUAUUUACCUCUGUUUUUCAUCGCGCACGCCGAGGAGAAACUCAACGAGAGUGUAACGAUUCCUUUCGAUCCUGAACCUAGGAUUGAAAGAAUUUGUGGUCCUGGCGCUGACCCAACUUUCGAUCAAUUUAUUGUCGCCCUUGGUCACAUUGCGCGACCAAAGCCAAAGGCGCUGAUUGAUGCAAUCAUGCUGUGGAGGAAAACUAAAAGCGAGGCAGCUAGCGAUGCACGCAGCAAACUGCAGCAACUAAAAUCCACCCAAGCUCCCCCAAGCCUAAUAAGACGUAAUACAGAACCAGUUCAAGUGUCGUUGGCUGCUGGUCUGUCAGAUACUGGGAGCUCCGGCGCGUCGUCUUUAGCAGCAAGACAGGAAGUUGUAGAAGCUGAGAGACGCUCGAUCGUUUCUAUUUAUAUUUUGUGCCGGGUCCUCCUAGAAGUCAUUUCACACAGUAGUCUAAGUUCCAUAAUGCCCGAAAUGGAAGAGAAGCUUGAAGGCAUCAUUUUUGGCCAGCUUAAGAUUGCUGAGGUCGAACAGCUCGAAGCUUCUCCUCUCAAAAUGGCCAACUGGAACUUGUUUACUCAGCUUCUGGGUGCCAUGAGUAACAUCAACUUUGCGAGCGUCGCUGAACGGUUUAUACGUGACCUUCGUGGCUCUUUACAGGAGCUUGCUACACGCACUUCGACGCCCCAGACCAAGGAUCCUGAAGGCCAAGUAGAAUUGGUUCUCGGCGGUAUGACCCAUCUGCGGAUUAAGAUAGAUACAGAAGAAGAUUGGGAUCAAGCUUGCAACUUCUUUGCCUCUCUAGGUCGACUAUUUGCACAGUCACAUGGCCAGAGAAUCAAAACAGCUUUUUGUCGCAUUCUUGACACGCUGCUGCUUCCCAUUGCAGCCAAGGGCACCAACAAUCACUUCAUGCAUCCAAAGUGGCAAGAGGUCUUGAGCCAUAUUAGCCCACGGUUAGCUUCUAUGUUCGUCAAACCACGAUACUGGCUGGUGUCAUUUCCAUUGACAUCCACAAUGCUCUGCGUAUCCCCCCCAGAGCCGGCUAGCACCCAAUGGCUUCAGCUGGUUCGUACUUUGCAGACUCGGCUGAAGGACAAGCAACUAAGACCGCACUGCUUACUGGCAAUUUCACGUUUGCUUUGGACAUACCUUUUCAGGAUCAAUGAUACAAGUGGCACCGUUGCACGCAAGUUGGAUGAAGUUAUACAGCUUGUUUUGCCAUCCACUAAACGCACCUUCUCGACUGCUGAUACUGCUUCGAAUGGCUCUCUUGUUCAAAUCAUCAGGAUGAUCGGAUAUAGAUAUACUGAAUACUGCUGCAAGAAUAUUAUCUUCCCAUUAAUCAAUGCCGAGUUGUUCAAUUCUAACAAAGAAUUGAAGGUUGAGCAGCUAGAGCCUGAUAGGAUGGUCAUUGGAAUUAGGGCAUUCUUGACAAUCAUGUCCGAUCUUGAACAAGGCGAAAAGGGCCGGCCGCCAUUUCCACUAGAAUUCCAGCCCUCUUCAGGCUUUGAUCGCAUGCCAUUUGAGCCACCAAUAUCGUCAUCUGGCUCUGGCAUGCCCUCGGCCAAUGCAUUGGCGUCUACCACUGGUGAGGCUCUAUCGCGCCCUGUUCAGCUGAAAUCGCUGAAUGAGGGCGUCCGUGACUACUAUAAGAAAUUUUCUCAGAUAUUAGGUAAAAUCACGAUUAUUUGUGAUAAUACAUUCGGAGGACAGGCCGUACUUGAUGAGAAAUUUAGUAGUCCUGGCCCUAAGACGCCCAUCACUGAGUCAUUUAAUUUUGCAAGACGGGAUGAUUACCAGAGUCCAGCUGACCAAAAGCAGGCAUUCUAUGGAUUACUCCAUGUCGCUGUACAAGCUUUGCCUCGCUGCUUUACCCCUGAUAUACCAUUUAAUCCCCUCAUCAACCUUUUGUGUACAGGCACAGCACAUGUUCAGGAUAAUAUUGCGCGCUCUUCAGCUCAGUCACUCAAAUCUAUCGCUAAACAAUCUCAUGCUCAUCAAGUUACAAUGGGGUUCGCUAGGUUCAUUUUCAACUUUGACGAUCGUUACGCUACAAUGUCAGACGGUGGAAUGCUAGGUCCUGGUCAUAUCGAAAACACACUGCGGCUCUACGUGGAGUUGUUACAAAUUUGGAGGGAUGAGAUUAGGCAAAAGACACGAGAAGCUGCUUCUGAACCUAUAGAGGCGAAUGCUAGUGAGAAGCGUGGAUUGAAACUGGAUCUGUCUAGUAUAUGGGCAGAAGUUGAUCAUGUCGAGGCUCGCGGUUUAUUUUUCUUAUGCUCACAGUCUCGGAGAGUGAGACAUUUUGCCAUCACGGUACUGCGACUUAUAACUGAGUUCGAUACGGCACUGGGUAAGGACAGGGCGCAAGAAAAGGACAACGUGCGUCUGAUCGACAUCCUGGAAAAUGACUCCAUCCAAGUCAUGAGCUUUAAAGACGAGCUUCUGUCUGUUGCCGAACGAAGCAGACUUCAGCGAGGAAUACAAAACGCCAACAAUAAAGGCGCCUUGAUUGAACUUUGUACGAGUGAUGUUUUGUACGACACCACAUUAUGGUUCAAAAUCUUCCCAAAUUUGAUACGGAUCGCAUAUGACCGAUGCCCGUUUACGUUGACCAUUGGUCGGGACUUGAUCUGCAAUCGAAUAUUGCAAAUGUAUAAAACCAUAUAUACCUUGUCGGAACCUAGCAGAGGUCUGUAUCAAGGCUCUGAUCCAGCUAGCGCUCGCCAGACAGCACGAACACCCACCACGCAACCGGAAGUCUUGAUUGAGCAAUGGAAACUGUAUCUGACUUUCGCCUGCACUACCUUGACUGAUGCAGGAAAUUCGCUCAACGGCUCAUCCCAAGGUAAUCAACAUCAGAGAAAGGGAUCGAAAGUGACUGAUCGCAUUGUGACGGCAAGGACCCUGUUCAAAUAUUUGAUUCCACUGCUGUCCGUUUCUUCGGACCUCGUUCGUGAAGCAGUGGUGCUCUCAAUGGGGUCGAUCAAUGUCCACAUUUAUCGAACGCUGCUGGACGAAUUACAAAGUCAUGUAACUCGAUGCAGUGAGGAAGCUCGAGCUCGACUACACCAGAGGACCAACAGCGGAUCGAGGCGUAACCGUAAGAUGGAUCUCUUGUGGACUGAGCUGACCCACAUCUAUAAGCUCACAUCUCACUUCCUGAAGAACCCUGAUGUGUAUCAAAACGAAUGGAUACUGAAUAAUCUGUGUACUUACGCCCGAGACUUGAAGCUCUUCUUAAUGGAUGGAGAGGUACAGAAUGACUGGGAGUUUCAAAAACUACGACGGCACUACUGCGGGUUAAUGGAAGAGUUGUUUGAGGGGAUUAACCGUACGCCUGACCCCUCUCGCUGGGUAACCUUCGAAUCCCGCAAAUCUGCUUUCACUUUGAUGGAGGACUGGUGUGGCUUCUCGCCAAAUCAGCAACAGAUCCGCGCUAGAGAAGAUAACAUGCGAAAAUCAGUCAUUGAUCAGCAGUCUCUUAGCGAGCGAGGGGUGAUCACAGCUGCUAUAGAGAUCGAGAAACGAAAUUUGAGAACUGCCGCCCUGAGUGCAAUGGCCGCCUUGUGUGCUGGACCAGUCAGCUUUACAACCGAAAGCGGCGCCAUCCUAAGAUUUGAUCUUAGACGUAUGGUUGCAUGGAUAGAUGCGAUAUUCAAUUCUGGAAGCGAUCGAGUAAUUGCGAUAGGAAGGCGAGCUUUGAAGAAUCUGAUCAUUUAUAACCAAUCAAACCCGCACCUAUCCGAGCACUGCGUAGCACGUUGCUACUUGACAGAGACUCCAAAAGUACAGCAGAGUUAUUUUACCGUAAUCACGGAGGUUCUACAGGAACACCCUGACUACCCAGCACCGUUCGCGAAAUUACUGGGCUUGUGCCUAUUCAUGCUCGGCAACGAUGUCAGUGAGACUCGUUCUAAAUCUGCACGAGUCUUGCGAGCGCUUGAAGAGAGACAACAAGCUGGUCGCAGCUCUAAGAUUCAGGAUUUUGACAUUAGCAUUUCGGAUAAAACGAAGGCUGUAUACAAGCUAGCCCAGUUUGAGAUCUCCAAGAGGCUCGCAAAACAACAUCCGGAACUUGCGUUUCACAUCUUCUCCGAAUUCACAUAUUAUUUCAAGAGUCUACAGCAAGGAAGUCAACGGAACGUUGUAGCAGUUGUUCUCCCGUGGAUUCAAACUAUCGAGCUUAAAGUUGAUCCUAAUGGCGGACCAAUAGCCCAAUCAUAUGUCCUUCUCGCCAACCUGCUUGAAAUCACAAUCAAAUCAAGUACUGCGUUACACAACGAGGUUCAAGCCUUGUGGCAAGCCCUUGCAACGGGGCCUCAUCCCGGAAAUGUGCGGCUUGUGCUUGACUUCAUCAUUUCGCUUUGCCUAGAACGACGGGAACAAAACUUUGUGGAAUAUGCUAAACAGAUCGUUGUAUUUCUAUCAAGUACUACAACUACACCAGGCAGCAAGGUUGUUGAGUUCCUAUUGAUGCAAAUUAGCCCAAAGGCUAUGGUGCCCAAUGAGAAGAAAGAAGCUGUUCCACCGCCUCCGGACAUCAACCUAUUGCCGUACUGCGCUGAUCUAUCUGAGGCGCUACCAGUUGGCACCAAACAAGCUGGCCUCUCACUUGGACAAUUGUCUCUUAUCCUUUUAGUUGACCUAAUGGUCGCCCCAGCACAGCUUACGGCGGACAGUCUUCCCCUCCUACUACAAGUCGUGACUGUGCUAUGGGAUCAUUAUACGCCUCUUGUACAAGAACAGGCACGCGAGAUGCUGGUGCAUUUGAUUCACGAACUGGUAAUCUCGAGGAUGGACGACGCUACGUCACCCGAAGUCAAGAAGUCUAUAGAAGGUCUCAUUGAUGCAAUACGCCAGCAUGACCGCUCCGUUGUAUGGAGCUAUGAGGAUAGCAACGGGAAGGUCGAUGAACGUGAUAACAAGGUCCCACAAAGCAUGGAGUACCUUACGACCGAGGUUGUGAAGACCUUCGAAAUCACAUUUCCUGGCAUCAAAAAGCAGUGGAGUCGAUUAUCAUUGACUUGGGCAACCUCAUGCCCUGUUCGCCAUCUUGCUUGCCGUUCAUUCCAAAUCUUUCGCUGUAUCCUCACUUCUGUUGACCAAACUAUGCUAGGCGACAUGCUUGCACGUUUAUCGAACACAAUUGCAGACGAAGACUCGGAGAUUCAGACAUUUUCCAUGGAAAUACUCACCACACUGAAGACGCUGAUAGUAAAACUUGAGCCCGAGAAGCUUAUGUCAUAUCCACAGCUGUUCUGGACUACCUGUGCCUGUCUAGAAUCUAUCAAUGAACUUGAAUUUCUCGAGGCUGUGGAGAUGCUUGACGAAUAUUUGGAGAAACUGGAUUUUGACUCACCGAGUGUACGACGAGUCCUACUAGAAGGGCAACCUCUUCGCUGGGAUGGUGUCUUCGAGGGUAUCCAGCCUUUGCUUUACAAGGGGUUAAGAUCAUCGGUAUGCCUUCAACCUACCCUCAACUUGAUGGAUAAGCUCGUACAGUUGCCAAGUGAUGCCCUUAUUGGUGAUGACAACCGACUCUUCUUCUCCAUCAUCGCAAACUUUCCCAGAUUUUUACAGGCCAUGGAAAAUCACCUUGUCGACGAUGGAACGAGAGAGUCAGCGGAGAUACUGUUUGCAGUUGCAGAAGCGCAAGGGUUCACGCUGAUAUGUGAUGCCUUGGCAAUGAUCAUCAACUCAAGCUUCCAUUCGGAGCAGGAUAUGGUUGUACGGCUGUUUGCUGCCAUACGUGAAUUCUUCCUACCUCAACUCGAACUAAAGAUGCUUACGAUGCUCAUCGGCUUUGUGACAAACAGCAUACCUUCAGUAAAGCUUAUGACCAUGCGGAUUCUCUGUGUCGUUAUACCUGAUAUUGAGAUGCGGAAACCCGAGAUGGCUGGACAUGGGCCUGACUUGAUUUCCCCUCUUCUUCGUUUGCUCCAAACCGAGUAUUGUAUGGAGGCACUGGCUGUGCUCGACAAUGUGGUUGCGGUGCCAGGGUCAUCCAUGGAAAAACACUACCUUCGUAUGAGCAUGACCCGUUCGUCGUCCCGAGCUAUUAAGAAAGAGUAUGAACGAACGCAAAGCUUGUUUGGAAUCCCUGAGGAAUCUGGCUGGGCGAUCCCAGCCCCAGCCAAGAAAACCGAUGCAACCAGAGGCAAUAUACAUGCCGCAUUUUACAUGUGCCAGGGUGAAGCAACAGACGGAGUGCCGACAGAACCGACUCCAACGCCGGAUGUCGAAUUUCAUGCAGAUGACUAUCGAUACGGAUAUUUCGAACCGCCCGAAAGGACCGAAACCAUGAUGUCAGACGAUAUGCGAGGUGAGGGACAUAUGGGUGAUUUAGUCACCAAACUAGAUAGCUUAGAUGACUUCUUCGAUGAUAUCUCGGAAACAUCUCCGAGUGAAAGUCGUUCGUCCAGGACAGUCACUGAAUUCACUCCCGACAUCUAUGAAUCUGGAGCAAGACUAUACGACGAUGUCUUACCUAUCCUGCAUCAAGCGCAUCAGGCAUCGAACAAUACUUCGUUUCAGAAUGGGUUUGUGGACCGACCGCCCUUGCCCAAAGAUGUCAACGCGAAUACCAUGAAUCCCGGCGCCUUCAACAACACCGCUGCCGCGCCAUCAUCAGCUGCGCGGCCGGGAUUGCAUGCCCGCUCCGUCACGUCGCCAUCGAUGCCUGCUUCACAUCAACAGCAACUCGCCGACUUCACCUCCGACGAGGAGUUGACCGAAGACAUCUUCUCGGACGGCGAGGAAGAUCGCACCAGAGCCCCGGCAAACGUGCCCUCUGAGAACUCGUUCUUCCUCGAGAAUAUGAUCAAGCCUAUCAAGCAGACGACGAAGACACACAUGCGUCGUCUGACGGGCGGUCGAUCCCGCGAGACUGAUCGUCAGCGCGAACUCUUCCGUGCCGCGCAACAGGUCUCUCCCGUGCCGAAAGUGCCGAGCACAUUCCUGCAGCACAAGCCGAAUCCCUCGGGAGAUAUGGUUUGAGCUAGUAUAUCUGGCUGGACAAUGAGACCCUGGUCACUACUCCACCGCGCUGUAAUAAGAGUCGAUAUUUUCUUCUAUUAGAUGGUCGGAGAGUCUAUCAAGAUGAUGCGAAUAAGCUUCGUUGGAAGUUUUGUUUCCUGUUGCGCCAAUUAU